AUGGUCCAGACAACCCCUUUCCUCCAAGCUCUUGCUGUUGUCGCGCAAGCUCCUCCUAUCGUGCCCUACAUUUCUUCCAAUACCCUUGCUGUCCGCCAGGUCAAUACCACCGACCUUCCUUCCCAAUGCCAAACCACGUGCCAAGUCAUCAAUACUAUAAGUGACUGUGGCAGCACUCUAUCUUGCAUUUGUGUAUCGUCCAUCGGAACCCAGCUUCAAACAUGCAUGAAUUGCCUCGUUGCGGCUGACCCAACUGUCUCGAUAGACGCUAAUUCCGCAAUUGAGAGCUGGAACGAAGCCUGCGGUGGAUCUCUCUCUCUUACCAGCGGAAGCACUUCCAGUUCGACGGCUACCGCUAGUAGCUCUACCAGUACUGCUAGCAGUAGUAGCAGCAACCCUUUCAUUAACAAGACUGGUGGCGCUGUAAACAUGAAGGCAGCUACUGUGGCAUUUGGCCUAGUCGUUGCCAUUGCUUGCGGUAUUAUCAUCCUUUGA